UCGAAAAGAAUGUCGACCACAGUGGCUGGAACAAUGAGCAUUGUGGAGCACGUCGUCUUCUUCAAAGUGAAGGAAGAGACUCCCGAAGAGAAGAAAGUGGCUAUGGUGAGAGAACUCAACGCUCUCAAGUCACUGGAGGGAGUCCUCCAUCUCAAAGCCGGGCCAGCUUUGCGAAUCUGGCCGUCGCACCACAAACUCAGUGGAGGAUUCACCCACGUCCUCCACAGCAGGUACUCGGACAAGGCAGGCUUGUCCGCUUACUCGGCUCAUCCUUCUCACGUUAGCGUGGUGGAGAAGUUUGUGAAGCCGAUCGCGGAGGACAUCCUGGCCAUGGACUGGGAAGCUCGGGUCGCUGCUCCUCUAGAGACUGGAUUUGGAGCAAAGAGAGUGGUGGCUUGCAAACUUAAGGAUGAUCCGGAGAAGAACAGGGGGAAGCUUGUGGAUCGGCUAGCAGGGAAAACUCCAGCAAGCGCAGGUGUUAACUUCUCUCCAGGGCGAGCUAAAGGUUUCAACUUUGGAAUUUUGUCACUGGUGGGAAGUGUUGACGAGCUUGAGAACCCGGAGAUCCUGGAGGGCAGUCUUGGUAGCAAUCCCCAAGUUGAGAGUUUGAUCGUCCUGGAUUACGCGAGUGGCGACGAGCGAGCUGAGAGCAGCGAGAGCUCAGCGAAAAUGUGACAAGAAGACAAGAAGAAGAAUCUCUUCAAGUUCAACUUUAAACAGUUGGAAAUCUAAGCUGAUAAAUCCCAAAGACUUUUCCUUUCUUUUAA